CAAUUAGCCAGAGAAUUUAUGCAGAAACACCGCAGGGUCUCGUUGGCGACAUUGAUGAAGACGUUCAAGGAAGCCGAUGAUAAAGCUGAGGAAAUAUGUCCAGUUACCACAAGGGCAGAGCUAACCAAGAGAUUGUCUUCACUGAAGAUCUUCAGUCCCGAGAUACCUUGUGUUAGCGACAUGCAUACGUUGUGGGCAGACCCAGCAAUGAUAGCUUGUUUUGAGAAGCGCCACACAUUUGAAAGUGAUUACCUGGCUUCCAAUACCGAGUACUUUCUGCUACACAUCGGCCGCAUCUGUAGCCAGGACUUCUUGCCUUCUGUACAAGACAUUCUUCACAUCCGGUGGCCAACACUAGGAGUCCAAGAACAUCAGUUCCACGUCGGAAACUUUCUAUACAGGAUGAUAGAUGUUGCAGGCCAGAGAAGUUUACGUAAGAAGUGGAUACAUUUUUUCACCGAAGUUACGGCUGUAUCUUUCUUUGUCUCUCUGACGGCGGUUGAUGAGGUUUUGGAAGAAGAUCCUACAAUGAACAGUUUACAAGACAGUCUGCAAGCUUUCAAUGAAGUCAGCCACAACCAGUUUCUGGAGAAGACUGACUUCAUUCUGUUCCUCAACAAGAAAGACUUAUUUGCCAACAAGCUGAAGUCCACUUCAUUAUCUAAUAGUUGUCAGGAAUGCUCCUUAACGUUUUGCUUAUAUCUUCAGGUUUACCUAUGGUCUCUUUAUCAGCGAUGUACUUUUCUUUUCGUAUCAUGUUUUACAAAUUGUAAACUUCUCAAGUUCCAUGUUUUAGUUUUGUUAUUCUCGGAUAUUAUGUUUUCAUUUGUAUUUUCCCAAGUUCGACGUUUUAGUCUGUUAUUCUCAAAUUUCAUGUUUCCAAUCGUAAACUUCACAAGUUCCAUAUUUUAG